GCUGGCUGCAGUUAUGCAUCGACAUUUUCCUGCAGGCGGCGGCAUGGAGGGGAAAGUGCGCUCAGACAUCUGAGAAAAGACAUUUAUCUAGAAAGUUCAGGUUCGUUUAUCCUGAAUCUGAAAGACCAUGGACAUCUGCACGAAGCCUUUGUGCUACGAUCUCCUGGCAGAAGUAGGAGAAGGCUCCUACGGCAAAGUGUAUAAAGCCAGAGAGGUGGGGGGGAAACAGCGCCUCCUGGCGGUGAAGAAAUUCAACAUUCGCGGGGACACGUCGGAUGUCGGGAUCCCUGCGUUCAUGAUCCGCGAGGUGGCGCUGCUGCGUAAAAUGAAGUACUUCAACCAUCCCAACAUAGUCAAGCUGUUGGAUGCAUCUGCUGUCCCGGUGGGGAGGAGCUUGGAUCUCACUCUGGUGCUGGAAUACAUCGACCAGGACCUUUCCACCUACAUCUCCAAGGUUCCUGCUUCUGGACUGAGUCGUGACUGUAUUAAGGAUGUGAUGCAGCAGCUGCUGCAAGGAUUGGACUUCCUCCACACAAACAUGGUGCUGCACCGGGACAUGAAACCAGAAAACAUCCUGAUCAGCAGCCGUGGAGAAGUCAAGAUCGCAGACUUUGGACUGGCGCGCAUCUACACCUACAAUAUCGCCCUCACUCCAGGUGUGGUUACGCUUUGGUACAGAGCUCCCGAGGUGCUGCUGAACUCUGUUUACAUGUCCUCAGUGGACAUGUGGAGCGCCGGCUGCAUCUUUGCGGAGCUCUUCCUCUUGAGACCACUGUUUCAGGGAUACACAGAGGUACAGCAGCUGCAGAAAAUCUUCGAGGUGAUUGGUUUGCCCAGUGAGGAGGACUGGCCCAAGGACAGCCCCAUCCGGUACUCCGUCAGCUGGGGGCCUAAAGGCUCCUGCACCAAGCUGCUGCACAACCUCAGCCCAGACGAGAACAACCUUCUAUCUCAAUGUUUGGCGUUCAGACCGAGCCGUCGCAUCUCCGCCGCCAAAGCCCUGGCUCAUCCUGUCUUCACGAAGCACUGAGAAGAAACAGUCAGCUCCUUCUGCUUCCUCCACUGUCGGCUACGCUAACUCGUCUCGUGCCGCAUAAUCCAUCGUACACUUUGUUCCAAACUGUUUGUUUUCUUUGAUAGCGUUAAACAUCGGUUCACCAGCAUCAUGAGAAACUGUGGUCACUUUACACCUUUUGAACAUGAGUGUAUGAAAACAUUAGCCUGACUUGUAGAACACGGGGAUGUUUCUGAAGGACUGCUCCGUGAAACAGUUUUAUUUGCUUAUAAUUUGAGUAAAAGUAUGUUCUUUAAAAACAGAUUUGAUUUUAAGUAUGCUGUGUAAUUCCACAAAACGUAAUCCUACUUUGUUGUUGUUGAGUGUUACUAUUAAAAAAUAGGGAUUGUGUUCUGCUGCAAACUAACAACGUCACUAUUAUGAGCCCCUCUAAGGUUUGUGUUAUUUCACCGAAGCUUUUUUGUUCUCGACUUGUAUAUGAAGUCCUUUUAUUUGAGUUAUUUAUGGUGUAAUCACUGGACUGGAUUACACCUGUAUUUAUGUUUGUAUCGACAGAUUGUACAAGAUAUUUUUCUACAUAAGUUACACUGUUCAUUCAGAAGCAUUUCUAUAAAUAAUUGUCUCUCAAA